CUGGAAAACGAAGCUGAUUUUGCAGAAGUGAAAAUUGAGUACCUACGUCCCGGAGAUGUGCUGGGAGAUUGGACUGUUGAGAAUAAAAUCGGUGAAGGUGGAUUUGGCGCUGUUUACUUGGUGACAGACAAAAAUGGCAAAGAGUAUGCAAUGAAAACGGAAAUCGUGGCUUGUCACAGGCAAAACAGAACUGAUCAGUUGCAGGUGCUGAAAGCGGAAUAUUACGUCCUGACGGAGCUAAAAAGAGCAAAAGCGAGGCAUUUCUGCGAUAUUUUGGACAGUGGAUUAGUGGGCGAAAAUAAGUACCUCGUAAUGACACUUGUCGGGCAGUCGCUCACGGUACAAUAUUUCGUAUCACUGUUUCUAUAAAA